UGUGCAUUAGGUUUCACAUUUUUGCUUUUUUCCUUUUCUUUUAAUAGGUUGACACGAAUGGUGGAAUGUCUAUGAAGCAUAAAUUAUCUGGUCACCUGAAAUCUGUUUCUUCUGUUUCAUGGAGUCCUAAUGACCAAGAGCUCCUAACCUGUGGUGUGGAGGAGGCUGUUAGGCGGUGGGAUGUAUCUACUGGUAAGUGCCUGCAAGUUUAUGAAAAAAAUGGUCCUGGUCUCGUCUCCUGUGCUUGGUUUCCAAGUGGGAAAUAUAUACUCUCUGGCCUCAGUGACAAGAGCAUUUGUAUGUGGGAUUUAGAUGGGAAAGAAGUGGACUCUUGGAAAGGACAGAGAACCCUUAAGAUUUCUGACUUGGAAAUAACGAGUGAUGGGGAACACUUUUUGAGUAUUUGCAAAGACAAUGCAAUACUGUUCUUCAACAAAGAAACUAAAGAAGAGAGAUUUAUUGAAGCAGAGGAGACAAUAACUUCCUUCUCUUUGUCAAAGGAUAGCAGAUUCUUGUUGGCUAAUCUUUUGAACCAAGAAAUUCACCUCUGGAAUUUAGAAGGUGAUCCUAAACUUGUUGGCAAGUACAGAAGUCAUAAACGCACCCGAUUUAUAGUCAGAUCUUGCUUUGGUGGUCUUAAGCAAUCUUUCAUUGCUAGUGGUAGUGAGGAUUCUCAGGUUUACAUAUGGCACAGGAACUCGGGGGAUCUAGUAGAGGCAUUGCCUGGUCAUUCUGGAGCUGUUAACUGUGUGAGCUGGAAUCCAGCAAACCCUCACAUGUUAGCCUCGGCGAGUGAUGACCGAACUAUUCGGAUAUGGGGCCUAAAGCGCCUCAAUGUAAAGUAUCCCCCUAAUCUACUACGCACCAAUGGCGUCCAUUACUGCAAUGGUGGAGCCGAACUUAGGUGAACCAACCAACGCAAACUAUUUCUAUUCCAUCUCUUUUUUUAUAACAUUGCAAUUCUGUAAAUACCUUCACUAUCACAACUAGUAGAUCAGACAGACGAACAAACAGAUACAGACAUUCAUACCAAACAUGCACCAUCUGACUACUCAAAAUAAAUUCUUGUUUCAUUUAUCUUCUUCCUUUC